GAUACGUGGCCUCUUGACUUCAACUUCGGUUGACGGCCUCGGAAUGAUGCAGCGAGCGCGAGACGCGGCUGCUGCAUCCGGCGCUGGGUCUUCAGCACGGCCCCGUUUGGCGGUCGCAUGCCAUCAGUUGAGCCAUAGCAACAGCAAGCGCUCUAGCUGGCCAACAUGGGCGGAGCGACCUUGCCAGCGCCCUGUUAUGGAGUGCGACGGCGCGGCGGGUCCGGGCCCGUCGUCUACCGCCGCUGCCGCUGCCGCACACGUGCCCAGCGGGCGAGCACUUGCGACGGCAGCAUGCAACAGGUGGAAGCAGACACGGCGUGCGGGUCCACCACCUGCAGGGGCGGCCCUGUCAUCCGCCAGCGGAGGAUCCAGUGACGGCGAGGGCUCACGCGCCGAAGCCCCGUCUACACCCUACUCACUGGAGCAGACCCGGACGUUGGUGGAGACAGCUAUGCUGGCCGCCGUGUCGGGCCUGGCUUACCUACUGUCCACCAUCCUCAAGCUGGAAACGAGCCUGGGCUACUUCCUGCCGCUGCCGGUGGUACUGGCUGCCAUGCGCGGCGGCGGGCGGGCGGGCUGGCGGACCAUGAGCGCAACAUGCUUCCUGCUUGUGGUCCUGCUGGGCCCCCUGCGCGCCGCCUCCUACCUGUGGCUGCACGGACUGCUGGCGGCCACGCUGGGCAGCCUGUGGAAGGCCCGGUGCGGCUUCUGGACGUGCAUAGCCGCCGGCGCCGCGGUGCGCAUGCUCGGGCAGUUCGCAUACCUGCUCAUGAGCAGCGUGAUGAUGAAUGAGAACAUGUGGGCGCUCAUGCUCAGCAACAUCUACAACAUGCUGGACCAAAUCAGCGCCUCGCUGAACAUCAGCGGCGCACCCAGCCCGCUGCUGGUGUCGUGCAUGGUGGGCAGCCUGCUGCUGGUCAACAGCCUCACCUACAACUUCCUGGUGCAGCUGGUGUACCGCAUGUUGCUGGGCGGCAUGGGCUACGACCUGGGCUCCGUGCCGCCACUGGUGGCCAAGUACCUGUACGCGGGGGCCGUGCGGCGGCCGCCGCCGGCGCCAGGGACACAGCAGGGGAGGCAGUAGCGCAGUAUCACCAUUUACCUAGAGGUGCCAGGCUUUGCCCCCUGUGCAGCAAGGGAGUGGACGAUGAACGGCAUGUUGCAUUGUCAUGUGAAUAUUAGAGUGACGUACGGGCUUAGUGCUGAAACGAUGGAGCCGGCUAUGUAUGCAAAGCGCUGACAAGAUGCAAUCAGCUUGCUGUUUAUGUAAUACCGUAUCUUGACGUUGUAUGUUCAUUAGACAAGAUAACGUCUAGACGUAUACAGCAUCAGGAACGAGCCGCCCCCCCUUGCGGGUCGUUUAGUCUUGUUGCAGGCAUUAGGAACGCACCCUUCUGAUCCUGUAAGGCACACCGACG